AUGAGACUCUCCAAACUCCUCACUUUCUUGCUUUGGCACCUGGCUUGGCUGGACCUGGAAUUUAUCUGCAUUGUGUUGGGUGCCCCUGACUUGGGCCAGAGACCCCAGGGGGCCAGGCCAGGAUUGGCCAAAGCAGAGGCCAAGGAGAGGCCCCCCCUGGCCCGGAACAUCUUCAGGCCAGGGGGUCACAGCUAUGGUGGGGGGGCCACCAAUGUCAGGGCAAAGGGAGGCACCGGACAGACAGGAGGCUUGACACAGUCCAAGAAGGAUGAACCCAAAAAGCUGCCCCCCAGAUCGGGUGGCCCUGAACCCAAGCCAGGACACCCUCCCCAGACAAGGCAGGCUGCGGCACGGACUGUGACCCCAAAAGGACAGCUUCCAGGGGGUAAGGCACCCCCAAAGGCAGGAUCCGUCCCCAGCUCCUUUCUGCUGAAGAAGGCCAGGGAGCCUGGGGCCCCUCGAGAGCCCAAGGAGCCCUUCCGCCCACCCCCCAUCACACCUCAUGAGUACAUGCUCUCGCUGUACAGGACACUGUCUGAUGCUGACAGAAAGGGAGGCAACAGCAGCGUGAAGUUGGAGGCUGGCCUGGCCAACACCAUCACCAGCUUUAUUGACAAAGGGCAAGAUGACCGAGGUCCUGUGGUCAGGAAGCAGAGGUACAUGUUUGACAUUAGUGCCCUGGAGAAGGACGGACUGCUGGGGGCUGAGCUGCGGAUCUUGCGGAAGAAGCCCUCGGACAUGGCCAAGCCAGCAGCCCCUGGCAGUGGGCGGAUGGCCCAGCUGAAGCUGUCCAGCUGCCCCAGCGGUCGGCAGCCGGCAGCCUUGCUGGAUGUGCGCUCUGUGCCAGGCCUGGAUGGAUCUGGCUGGGAGGUGUUCGACAUCUGGAAGCUCUUCCGAAACUUUAAGAACUCGGCCCAGUUGUGCCUGGAGCUGGAGGCCUGGGAACGGGGCCGGGCCAUGGACCUCCGUGGCCUGGGCUUUGACCGGGCUGCCCGACAGGUCCAUGAGAAGGCCCUGUUCCUGGUAUUUGGCCGCACCAAGAAACGGGACCUGUUCUUCAAUGAGAUUAAAGCCCGCUCUGGCCAGGAUGAUAAAACAGUGUAUGAGUACCUGUUCAGCCAGAGGCGAAAACGGCGGGCCCCACUGGCCACUCGCCAAGGCAAGCGACCCAGCAAGAAUCUCAAGGCCCGCUGCAGUCGGAAGGCCCUGCAUGUCAACUUCAAGGACAUGGGCUGGGACGACUGGAUCAUUGCACCCCUUGAAUAUGAAGCCUUCCACUGUGAGGGGCUGUGUGAGUUCCCCUUGCGCUCCCACCUGGAGCCUACGAACCAUGCGGUUAUCCAGACCCUGAUGAACUCCAUGGACCCUGAGUCCACACCCCCCACCUGCUGUGUGCCCACGCGGCUGAGUCCUAUCAGCAUCCUCUUCAUUGACUCUGCCAACAAUGUGGUGUAUAAGCAGUAUGAGGACAUGGUCGUGGAGUCCUGUGGCUGCAGGUAG